AUGAAAACGUGACGACAUCUUACUUCUGUGUCAGCCGCCGUAGUGCUUCAAAAGGGAGGGGUGGAGUGAGACAUUGGUUGCAAUUCACAACCUCACCAAUAGGUGAUGCUAAAUUUCGAACACUGGACCUUCAAGCCCUGUCUGGGCAACCAUCCCAAAAUUGAUUCUGGACCUCAUUACUGCACGUGUGUUGUGCUGCUGGUUUGUUUCGUCAUGAAUGUUGAGGGAGACUGCUGAUAAAUGUGGAUCACGUGUGUCUGCAUGCUUUGAGAAACACAUGGACACAGGGAGGAGUUUUCUUCUUUACCCAAACUUAGCCCGGACACACAGAGAUCAACCACCAAGUUUGGACAUGUGAUGAUGGGGUGUAUUUAUAGAGACAUCACGGGGUGGAAGAAAGUUUUCAUUUCUGUGACUGUGAAACACACACGUGAGAAACAGACUUGAUCUGCGUGAGGGAAUGAACAGCAGUGAAAUAAAUGAAUUGUGUUGUAAAUCUAGUGUAAAAUGAGCUGCAGAUGAAGCGAACAUUGUUGAGCUGACGGUCGCAGCUUUCACACGUUCUUCAGUGGAUUGAGGGAUUUGGUGUGAAGUAAUAUCCUGAUGGAGAUUCAGACACCUUCCGUCUCUGAGGACGCCGAUAUGGGUCGAGUCAAUGGGAUUUCUGGAGAAUCGGAGAUGCCACAGAGAAGACGGAGUGACGUCAAAGUCUACAAGGAGUUCUGUGACUUCUAUGUGCGCUACAACAUGGCAAAUGCAUUGGCCAAUGCCAUCUGUGAGCGCUGCAAGAGCGUCUUCAGUCACACUGAGAGGAUGGUGAACAGUAACGGCGAGCUGUAUCAUGAACAAUGCUUCACAUGUGCACAGUGUUUCCAACAGUUUGUGGACGGACUCUUUUAUGAGUUUGAAGGCAGAAAAUACUGUGAACAUGAUUUUCAUAUGCUGUUUGCUCCCUGCUGUCAGCAGUGCGGAGAGUUCAUCAUUGGUCGGGUGAUAAAGGCAUUGAACAACAGCUGGCACCCGCAGUGUUUCUGCUGUGAUAUCUGUGGGACGGUCCUCGCCGACGUGGGCUUUGUGAAGAACGCCAGCAGACAUCUGUGUCGAACGUGUCAUAAUGGUGAGAAAGGUCAUGGUGUGGGAAAAUACAUCUGUCAGAAGUGUCACGGCCUUAUCGAAGAGCUUCCUCUGAUUUAUAAGAAUGACCCGUAUCAUCCUGACCACUUCAACUGUAACAACUGUGGUAAAGAGCUGAGCGCUGAUGCGAGGGAACUCAAGGGCGAGCUCUAUUGUCUGCCGUGUCAUGAUAAAUUGGGCGUGCCGAUCUGUGGCGCCUGCAGGAGACCCAUAGAGGGUCGAGUGGUGAACGCUAUGGGCAAACAAUGGCAUGUUGAGCAUUUUGUGUGUGUUAAAUGUGAGAAACCAUUUCUCGGUCAUCAACAUUAUGAACGCAGGGGGCUGGCGUACUGCGAGAAUCACUACAACAAGCUCUUUGGAGACGUUUGUUACUGCUGCAAUCGUGUCAUUGAGGGUCAAGUUGUGUCUGCGUUGAACAAGGCCUGGUGUGUCAACUGCUUCACAUGUUCCACAUGCAACUCCAGACUGACUCUCAAGGAUAAGUUUGUUGAGGUGGACCUGAAGCCGGUGUGUAAACGCUGUUAUGAGCGAGUGCCAGAGGAGAUGAAGAGACGCUUGGCCAAGCGUGAACGAGACUCAAAGGACAAGAGAAAGAAAAUCCCCAUCUGUCUGUAACCUCGCUCUGUCUCAACACUUUCACUGUUUGUUUGACAGUCCUCUUGACAUUUGUUUCGCUCGUGUGUUCGGUUGUUUUUUUCCUAUUAGUAACACUCCAGAUAUCAUUUUCAUGAAAAUAGCUUUUGCUCAGUAAAAUGUGACAUGUUUGGGUUUGUCUACAGUGUCAGUCCGUUAGAACAAUCAUGUGUAACAUAUAAUUGAUGUAAUCUAAGGCAUGGAUGGCAAUUUAUGUUUCUGCCGGUGGGUGCUCAAAUCUCCACAACCCCUCCAUCCCCGUUCAAACUUUCAACUAGCAAAACACACCGUUUUUUCUCUAGAGCUAGGCCUAUGUUUGUAUUGAACCCUGAAACAGACAGUGGUGUAAAGUAUUGGAGUAAAUGUACUUAGUUACUUUACUUAAGUAUCUUUUUGGCUACUUUGUAGUUGUACUGAGUAUUAAAGAUAUUAGCAACUUUUACUCUCUACUUAACUACAUUUUUGAACAAGUAUAUGUACUCUUUACUCCACUACAUUUGUAAUGACUAAUGCAAUUACACAUUACAUUUUGCAUGCCACCUAUCUUAUAAUUAAUAUUGCCAUUUACAGGGCAAUGAAGGUACUACAAUCUUGUGGAUUUUGCCAUAACUUACAAAAACUUGUCAACAUGGCUUCUUUAUAUGAAUAUGAGUGCAGUAUCAGGUAGAUGUCAAUCGCUGGCGGUUUAUACACGGUUAGCCCUUACCCGCUAUUUCUACAGUAAUAUAUUGGCAACACUGUUGCCAGCUAGUUACUGUAGGUCACACAUCUACAAAAGCUCUUAUUUUUAAAACUAACUCUUCCUAAAUGUGCUCUAAACAUGUUUGCUCAAAAUUUGACCAUAUGGUGGGACUAUUGCCAUGAAGUGAUGUAAACCAGUAAAAAGAAUGUAUAGUAUUUCAAUUUUCAAAAGUGCUCUCACACUAUAUAGACAAAAUAU